AUGGAUGGGCGUAGGAACUUUGCCGAGGUCGCUGCUGGCCGCAAUAUUCUGUGCAUUUGUCUGUUCAAUUCAUUGGGAAUCUGGAUACGUCAGUAUGCCAUCAUGUUCGCGCCAAUAGCGGCGCUUGUUGCGUCUAAACUACAGGGUUUAAACCCUCAGCUUCAAGAUCCCUCGAGUAAUUUCUUGAGCUUUUCAUCUUACCAUGGAGUGGACUGCAAUGAAUGCGCUCCGUACCUUCAUAUUGCCGUGCCUACCAUAAUCCAAGUGUAUCCAGAGGUCGGAGUCUCCGGCAAGUCGACGUACAUGAAUAUCUUGAAGGCUAUGAUAAAGUUGUCCUACAGCGAAGGCACACAUGCAUAUGCUGGGGAAACGUUUUCGUUCGACCUCUAUACAAAUGUCAAAAUCCGGAUCACGCGCGUUACUUCCUCCAGCUCAGCCUUGCAAUACCGAUAUGCCAUAUGGGGAUUAUUCAAGGCGGCCCAAUACCUGACUGAGAACAACAUCUUUGCAUGCGUUAUCGUGAAUCUGUUCUGGUCUGGAGGCGGUGCACCGGCCUUGGUAGGAGUCAUAGAGAUCUUUCCAGAUCCUCUGCCAGGCAAUGCUGAAAGCAACGAAAUCCAACGUCUUAUGGGAAUCGGUCAACGAGCAGAACCCCCGCCCACGUCGCUUGGUCUGGCCAACCUCACCUCCAUUUGUAGCAAUGAGUCCGGCCUCGCAACAUCCGCUAAUGCUGGAAAACUCUCAGUGUUCCUCGAAUUUCAAGGGCCAACUUUGUCCGUCUCAGAGGUCUUCAUGACGCUGUUCCUUACGUUAUUAGAGAUAGCAUCGUUCGGAACAACGCACCUUGUGCACGAUUUGAAGGUCCAAGAUUUGAUUACCAAAACGGAACUUGUAUUCGAACAUUAUGGUGCACCACGGACAUCUCCACCGUUCUUCGUUUAUCAUGUGGCCGCGCGUGCUCUGGGAUUCGUUCCUAAGUAUAUGUUUGAACAACAUAGGUUUGAAGCAGUCACCUUUGUGUUGGAAGUGGACGGCACGCCAAUCAUCACAGUCAUGGCAAAAAUCCUACACCUAGCAACCGAGCUCAUAGUCGCCAUAACCUCCUACAUUCCCAGAUCAUCCGACAAACCACACGUCGUACUCGUCGAUCGCAAAAUGCACCAUAUGAUCGCCCAGGAACUGUACAAACACAUCGGGCUGGGUCAGAGUGGAGACCCCUCAAACAGAGGCGGCUCUAAAUGGAUACAUGAAGAUCCAUGCUGGGACACAGUCCGCCUUCUUCGCUUUUCCAGUAUGCCGAAGACCACGCCUUGGUCUCACAAGCCGGUGGUUGUGGCUCUCGAUCUCGGGCUAUUCAAAUGUUACGGUCUAUGUCAACACACAUGCCUAUUCGGGCCUAGCGCCUCUUGGCAGAGUCUACGAGGCUUUGUCUCAGCAGCAAGAGACCUGCUGGACGCGAACCGGGGCAAACACACUCUCUUUUCUGUCACCUUCCGAGACAGGACGAAGACCGCAGGGUGUGUGAGCGUAACACUCGAGAGCCUCGUCAUCGACACCGAUCAAAGCAGAGACCGUCGUGACGGCAGCGGUGUUCAAACCUUACGUCCCUUUAUCGCUUUGAAGCGCUUCAAUGUUCAGAGCCAUAUCUUGUUUGGCGACCGUGGUGACCCUCUGUUCAUCACCCAAGAUGAUGGCGACGACGUUGGACUUGACAUGAUGCUAUUGACCGAAUUCCUGCCCAUGGGGGUGCAGCAACUUCAGAUGAGCUGUUGGACAGAUGGACAGGAAGAAUGGGAGCCACAGUGGGGGUCCUUGAUUGCUCUCCUGCUCGAGAAGCUAAUGCAAGCUGGUCUUUGCACUUUGCCGGAGCGGCAUCACAUCACAGUGGAUCAUCCAGCCAGGGACCAAGGGUUUCGUGGCAUGGCGUAUAAUAUAAUAUAG